GUUGCCUGCGAAUCGCCGCCCACUGCGCUACUCUUUUUGGCCCGCUCUGGUCUUUAGAACACUUCUUGUAUUCGUAUAUAUACUGUGCAUAUACACACCUAUAUAUACACAUUCGUCUUCGCUGAGAGCUGAAAUUCGCGGCGAAAUAAUUUUAGCAACUUGUUAUCCGUCCAUGCCAUGCGCGAUAAAAUAUCACAACUAUUUUGCUUGCAAAAGAACGCAUGCAAAAAUAAUUCAACAGAUAAUAACAGAGGACAUAAUGUGUCAACAAAAGCAACGACCAACGGGACCAUGUGCGCCAAUGGGGCUCCUGGGACAGAAGGGCCCGAAGCGCCAGAGACCGACGCAUCAGGGACCGGGCGGAUGCGGAAGCCGCUGGAGAGGAAUGGCUCAACGCAGAACCACGUUGUUCACCUCGAGAGAAGGCUGGGCCUCUUCAGUGGGGUGGCUUUAAUUGUUGGAACCAUGAUAGGGUCUGGAAUUUUUGUGUCACCCUCCGGUCUACUGGUUCGCACUGGUUCCGUUGGAGUUAGCUUUAUAAUCUGGCUUGCCUGUGGCGUGCUCUCUCUGCUGGGCGCUCUGGCGUACGCUGAACUGGGCACGAUGAACACAUCGUCGGGGGCGGAAUGGGCCUACUUUAUGGACGCCUAUGGACCGGCGCCGGCGUUUCUGUUCUCAUGGGUAUCGACUUUGGUGUUGAAGCCAUCUCAAAUGGCUAUAAUAUGCUUAUCAUUUGCACAGUACGCCGUUGAGGCCUUUGUGACGGAAUGCGAUCCGCCCAGGGGCGUGGUCAAGAUGGUCGCCCUGGUGGCCAUAGUGAUGAUCCUGUUCGUGAACUGCUACAGCGUCAACCUGGGCAUGGCCGUGCAGAACGUGUUCACCGCCGCCAAGCUGGUGGCCGUGGUGGUCGUGAUCUGCGGCGGAGCCUACAAGCUGAUGCAGGGCAACACGCAGCACCUGUCGAACGCAUUUAACGGCCCGAUGCCGAAUGUGGGCUCCAUCGCCACGGCCUUCUACACGGGGCUGUGGGCCUACGAUGGCUGGAACAACCUGAACUACGUAACCGAGGAGAUCAAGAACCCCAGCAAGAACCUGCCGCGCUCGAUCAUCAUCGGCAUUCCGCUGGUGACGCUCUGCUACGCGCUGAUCAACAUCUCCUACCUGGCGGCCAUGUCGCCGCAGGAGAUGAUCGAGUCGGAGGCGGUGGCCGUCACCUUCGGCAACCGCAUCCUGGGCGUGCUGGCCUGGCUGAUGCCGCUCAGCGUCACCAUCAGCACCUUCGGCAGCGCCAACGGCACGCUCUUCGCAGCCGGCCGCCUCUGCUUUGCGGCCAGCCGAGAGGGUCACCUGCUGGACAUCCUCUCCUACGUGCAUGUGCGUCGUCUCACACCUGCUCCGGGGCUGAUAUUCCACUCGCUGAUUGCCUCGGCAAUGGUGCUGCAUGGCACGAUUGAUUCGCUGAUUGAUUUCUUCAGCUUCACCGCCUGGAUAUUCUACGGCGGAGCGAUGCUGGCCCUGAUCGUGAUGCGCUACACCAAGCCCAACUACCCACGGCCCUACAAGGUGCCGAUCAUCAUUCCCGUUGUGGUCUUGGUCAUCUCCGUGUAUCUCGUGGCGGCACCAAUUUUCGAGACCCCGCGCAUUGAGUAUCUGUACGCCAUGAUCUUCAUCUUCGCGGGCCUGAUCUUCUACGUGCCCUUCGUGAAGCUCGGGAUGACGCCGAGGUUUAUGAACAAGGUGACGCUGUUCUUCCAGCUGCUGUUGGAGGUGGUGCCCACCUCAUCGAUGGCCAUGUUCGAGUGAUAGGAGCCCCCGGAAGUGCUCGAGUUACACGGGGCCACCGUUCUCGGAGGGAGAGAAGCAAAUACAUUCACUUAAUUACUAUACAAACGCGGAUAUACCAGGAGUGAAGCAUGCAGACAGGAUGCCCAGGGGUUGAGAUGGGAGUGCGGCGACGGUGGAGUGUUAGGAGCAACAUAUAUUGAUAUACUAGACGUUGUCGUUGACACAGUAGUGCUAGAGAAACAGAAACUAUUUGAAAUAGUCUUUUAUGCUAUGAGCUGGUUAUAUCCAAAGAUUAUAUAUGAGUAUACAGAUAUUUAGUGUGGUUACAAGCACGCAUUUGUGUGUAUCUUAUGUAGUGCGCAUAGGCCAAGUUGCAUAGUUGAUACGUACGCACGUUUAUACAAACGAAGCAAAUCUAUAUAUACAUAUAUUUUCGUGUUCUAUUACCCAAAGAUCGAGACAAGUGACAGGAACAACUAGAGAAAGCCACACAGCAGUUGAAGUAUCUUUGCCAAGCGGUUGGAGGAGUGCAGGGCCCCGCGAGCAAUACCUGGUACUUGCGGAGGGGCCAGGGUUCGAGGGCAGUGCCGCCAGGAUCGAUCCGUACCACCAAUCCGUACAUUACCCACCUAAACAGUGAACACUCGCCGCAGAGCUCUCGGGCUCAUCCCUGCCUGUGCUCACUUCGACUUCCCGUUGGCGUUGUACUAUACCCACAUUAUAUGCGAGUUUAUCGAUCUAGCGAUCGGCUGGAAUAGCAAUAUUUAUCUAUAUAUAUGUAUAUGUGUGUGAUGGACCGGGGAUUCUGCCGAUGACGGGUCCAGCGAGGAGGCGGGAAGGGUCGAGGGCUAAACACAAACAUCCCAACCGAAUGUUUCUAACCCUGUGCGACUAGUGCGCCACCUGGCGGUCGGGGAUCGCGCGUGAAAUUCGUAGGACUGCAAGUAGGCAUUAAAGAUUUGUAAUUGAUACCAAAGUAGGGUAGAGAAAUCAAACACUGAGAAAAUCGAACAAAAAAAUAGGAAAAGCAAGAAAAGCAAGAAAAGAAAG